AUGUGGGUACGUAAAGGUAUCAUUAGUAUCAUUGAUCUAAGCAAUGAUUACUAUCUUGUGGCGUUCUCACAUGAAGAUGAUAAGAAGGCGGCAAUGCUUAAUGGAUCGUGGUUCAUUUACGAUCACUAUCUGACGGUUAAAGAAUGGAGGCCGAAUUUCCAACCGAAAAUUGAAUCCAUAAACGAAGUGGUGGUGUGGGUUAGAAUUGCCGGACUACCAAUAGAAUACUGCGAUUCUAGGGUAUUAACAUGUUUCGGCAAUCGUAUUGGUAGAACGGUGAAGGUUGAUAAAACAACAAUGAAGCAGGAGAGGGGCAAGUAUGCUCGUAUCUGUGUCACGGUAAAUCUGUCGAAACCGCUCCUUGCUAUGUUGAGAAUCCAAGGAAGCUGUUACAAGAUUGAAUAUGAAGGGCUCCAUUUACUUUGUCUUGUUUGUGGUCGGUACGGUCAUUAUAAAGAAAGCUGCUCAUUCAAUAACAAAGGGAAGAACUUGUCAGGAGAAAGUAGUAAUGGAGAGAGGCAUGUAGGGAAGGAAAUUACAAGGGAUGGAGGCGGACAAGGAGAGUAUGAGGUGGAGAAUGGCCCCUGGAAAAUUGUUCAGAAGCAAAGAAAGGGGAAGAAACCGGUAGAUGGCCGAAAAAACACGACACCGACGAUCUUCAAUGGGAAAAUUAAUGCUGGGGGAUCCCGUUUUCUAAUUUUAGAAAAUGAGGAUAUUGAAAGUAAUGCUGAGGUUAAUACCAAUCAUGACAAGAAUAAUCCCAUUAUGGAAAAUGAUGGGACCACAAGGAUGGUGUAUGAUUACCCCAUUAUGGCCAACGUUCCAAAUACAGACAAAAUAAAUAAAAAUAAUGCUGGUGCUGACGUGGAGAACAUGAAGGAAAAUAACAAUAAGAAUAUACUUGAUUCUCUCACGAGUUUGGAGAUCAAUGCUGGGGCCUAG